UAUUCCUGUGUAAAAUGGGCUGGAAUCAUGUGCAAGGCUGUUGAUGGAAUUGGAUGAAAUCAAACACAUAAAAACGCUCAGCGCAGGGCCUGAUACAUCGUGGGUGCUCACUAUAACUCAUUUAACAUUGACGUAGUCCUUCCCAGUUUGCUUUCCCUUCCCUCCCACUCUUCGGUUGAUUUAAUGAUAUUAGCUGAUUGGGUACCCACUGUGUGUUCGACCCAGGACUGGGCUUCAAUAGGUUACAGUUGCCAUCAAAGAGGGGAAGGGACUCUUCCAAGGUCCCUGCUGCAGCCCAAGCAGAGCCAGUGCUGAACCAGUGCCAGGCAGUACCUAGGUCUCCCGCCUCCGAAGGGGAAAUAAUUCCGGAAGUGGGAACCAGUCCAGGAGGGGACUUGUCUCAAGGCACGUGCGGGCCCUGACCUUGACUCACGCCCUGGUUCGAGCUUGUUCCGCCCCUCUCCCCCGGGUAUGGCGCUGUCUGGGUCGACCCCUGCCCCGAGCUGGGAGGAGGAUGAGUGCCUGGACUACUACGGGAUGCUGUCGCUUCAUCGUAUGUUCGAGGUCGUGGGCGGGCAGCUGACCGAGUGUGAACUGGAGCUGCUGGCUUUCCUGCUGGACGAGGCUCCCGGCGCCGCUGGCGGCCUGUCCCGCGCUCGUAGCGGCCUGGAGCUGCUGCUGGAGCUGGAGCGUCGCGGGCAGUGCGACGAGAGCAACCUGCGUUUUCUAGGGCAGCUCCUGCGCGUGUUGGCCCGGCACGACUUGCUGCCGCACCUGGCGCGCAAGCGGCGCCGGCCAGUGUCUCCAGAACGCUACAACUAUGGCAACUCCAGCUCUUCUUCAAAGAGGACAGAGGGCAGCUGCCAUCGCCGUCGGCAGUCAAGCAGUUCUUCAGAUGCUCAGCAGGGCCAGUGGGAGACAGGCUCCCCACCAACCAAGCGGCAGCGGCGGAGUCGGGGCCGGCCCAGUGGUGGUGCCAGACGGCGUCGGAGAGGAGGCCCAGCCGCCCCCCGGCAGCAGCAGCAGGAGCCAGCCAGACCUGCCUCGGAAGGCAAAGUGACCUGUGACAUUCGGCUCAGGGUGCGAGCAGAGUACUGUGAACACGGGCCGGCCUUGGAGCAAGGAGUGGCGUCCCGGCGGCCCCAGGCGCUGGCGCGGCAGCUGGACGUGUUCGGGCAGGCCACUGCAGUGCUCCGCUCCCGAGACUUGGGCUCCGUGGUGUGCGACAUCAAAUUCUCAGAGCUCUCCUAUCUGGACGCCUUCUGGGGCGACUACCUGAGUGGUGCCCUGCUGCAGGCCCUGCGGGGUGUGUUCCUAACUGAGGCCCUGCGUGAGGCCGUGGGCCGGGAGGCUGUCCGCCUGCUGGUCAGUGUGGACGAGGCUGACUACGAGGCUGGCCGGCGCCGCCUGUUGCUGAUGGAGGAGGAGGGGGGGCGGCGCCCCACUGAGGCCUCCUGAUCCUGGAUCUGGCAGGACUGACCCCACCUCCUAGGCUCCAGGCCACCUUCUCCCCUGGAGGACGAAGAUCAUCUCUGCCACUAGGGGACCAUCACUCUGGCAGCUCUGAGGACUGCGACAGACCGACAGACCGAUAGAUGGCCAGGCCCCCUGAUAGCCUGGCGCCUUGACAGCUCUUCCGACAGGAUGUGGGCGCUGAGGCCUAAACCACUUCCAGCUGAGUUUCCUUUCCAAGCUCCCUCAAUCCCCACCCCCAGGUGUGUUCUUUCAGCUUCAGGAGACCAGGGGCUCAGGCAUGCAGAUCCCAAAGGGCAGGAGACACAGCCACACACUCACCGAAGGCCCCCUGCACAUCACGUCCCUGACCCUGGGCUGUGGGCACGCACUGCCCCCAUGCAAAUCUCCCCUGGGCUACUGCGCUGGCCUCCUCCACACACUUCUCUGGCCUAAGGGCCUCUCUCAGGAUCUCUGAUUUACCCCCCCACCUUCACCCUGGGCUUCAGCCACACUGGGCACUGGGGCUAGGGCACA